AUGGUCGGGGUAAAGCGUCGAGUAGACGCCGGUGACGAGCGCAAUGGAAAACGGACCAAGACGAAGACGCCGGUGUCCGUGCCCGCAAAGAAGGCCAAGUCGUCUGCGGCUCCCGUGAAGGCAUCCAAGUCUGUGUCGAAGAAGGGCGACAAGGGUGGAAAGAAGGAUAAGAAGACUCCUAGCAAGAAGAAGGCGCAGAAGGAGGAAUCUGAAUCUGAGGAUGAGGACGAUGAGGAUGACUUUGAUCUGGAUGAUGUUGAUGACUCGGAGAUUGAUGCUCUGGAUGAUGAGGAUGACGAGGAGGAUGUUGCUAUGGAUGAUGUUGAGGAGGUCGAGGAGAAGGAAGAUACUGGGAAGAAGCCCAAGUCUGCGGAUGCGGAUGCUCAGCAAAGUAUGAUUGAUUUAUUGAUUGGUUUUUCCCUCGGUGAAAAGUCUGAUAAGUCUACGUCGCGCGAAUCGCAUGCGAAGCAAAAGGCCCUCCUGCAAGAGCGCAGGGCCGCCAGACCCAACGCUGAUAUGAUCGGUCGCUCGAAGAAGCUGUGGGAGCAGCUGCGUCGCAAGUCCCAUGUUCCGCUCGAGGAGCGGAAGAAGCUCAUCAAGGAGCUUUUUGAAAUCAUUACUGGACGUGUGAAGGACUUCGUUUUCAAGCAUGACUCGGUCCGUGUCAUCCAGACGGCCCUCAAAUACGCCAACAUGGAGCAACGGAAGAUGAUCGCCACGGAACUGAAGGGCAGCUACAAUGAGCUUGCGCAGAGCCGUUAUGCCAAGUUCCUGGUCGGAAAGUUGAUUGUUCACGGUGAUGCUGAGGUUCGUGAUUUGAUCGUGCCCGAGUUCUACGGACAUGUCAAGAGACUCAUCAGACACCCCGAGGGGUCUUGGAUUCUCGACGACAUCUACCGCACGGUUGCGACGAAGGAACAGAAGGCGAACCUCCUCCGUGAGUGGUAUGGCCCGGAAUUCGUCAUCUUUAGGGAUGACAAGAACGGCCCUCCCAGUGCAGACCUCUCUAAGAUCCUUGAGGCGCACCCGGAGAAGAGGGGCCCCAUCAUGCACUACCUCUGGGAGCUUGUCAACCAGCUGGUGCAGAAGCGCAACUCUGGUUUCACCAUCCUGCACGACGCCAUGCUGCAGUACUACCUUAACACUAAGCCGGGCAGCUCCGAGGCUAAUGAGUUCGUUGAGCUGCUGAAGGGUGAUGAAGAGGGAGACCUGGUGAAGAACUUGGCUUUUACCAAGUCUGGUGCACGGGUGAUGUCGUUGAGUCUGGCGUACUCCAACGCUAAGGACCGCAAGCUCCUUACCCGCUUCUACAGAGAUACCAUCAAGAUGAUGGCCGGCGAUCUCCACGGACAUCUGGUUCUGUUGACGGCAUACGAAGUUAUUGACGAUACCAAGCUUACCUCGAAGUUGAUCUUCCCCGAACUUCUGAACCAGGGAAUGGACGCCGAGGCACGGAACGAAGAACUGCUUUUCCAAGUGAACGACUUGACAGCGCGUAUCCCCAUCCUGUAUCCGUUUGUCGGCGACCGGGUCAAGUGGCUUCUGCCUGACGGCGACCAUGAGUUGCUGAAGGAGAUUCGUGACAUUCGUAAGGAGACCUCCAAGAAGGAUCCCGAGCUUCGACGACAGGAGCUGGUCAAGGCUGCGUCGGCGAGCGUGCUCGAGCUCAUUUCCGCACGCGCCGACUCUCUCCUCGAGACGAGCUUUGGAUGCCAAUUCAUCUCCGAGGUGUUGUUCGAAGCCGAUGGAGACAAGAGCGCCGCAUUGGCCGCCGUGGCUGAGGCCGCCAAAUCCAGAGCCGACACCAAGGACUCUCCGUUCGUGGGUCGGUUGCUCAAGUCACUGGUUCAGGGUGGACGGUUUAACGCUGCCGAGAAGAAGGUCGAGAAGGUGCAGCCUCCGCUCAACUUCCACGGUCUCCUUUACGAGCAGAUCCAAGAAGAGACAAUGUCGUGGGCCACGGGAUCCAAUGUGUUUGUCGUGGUGGCUCUUGCGGAGUCGGACGACUUCGAGAAGAAGGCCGAGUUGCUGAAGACGCUGAAGAAGAACAAGAAGGCGCUGGAGAAGGCGUCGUCGGAGACUAGCAAGGAUGGCAAGAAGGGCAGCCCAGUCAGCAGUGGUGCGAAGCUGCUGCUGGAGAAGAUCCGGUAG